AUGACCAGCAAUCUUGGGAGACAAAGCAUCCAGAUUGGAGAAGUAGUUGGUGAGUCCUCAAAUUCUGCCUUUGAGCUUCUUUCUUGCUGGACUAGUAGCUCAGCUCUAUUCCAAGCAAGGUCAAAGUCUAAAGUAGUGGAUGAGGCGGUGGACAGAGUAAGAAUAUGGCAGUCAACGGAGCUGGACUUGGAUGAAAGUGGGGAGGCCAUAGAUCAGCUUAUGCAGGAUCUAGAUCUACUGCAUAGGCAAAAUGUGGCUCCUAGGCCCAUUCUUGAGAUCAGCCUUGGCUUGGCAAGAGAUGUGCUCAAUCUCCAUAAUCGCUAUGAAGAUCUCAAACCCUCAUUCAAGGCUUCUGAAUUCUGCAAAGCUACCCAUGAAGCUAACCUGGCUGACUAA